AUGGCCCUGCUCCCCGUCGUGGCGCUCUUGGCUCUGUGCCCCCUCCUCGCCCGGCCAGACCAGCCUCCUGUCACCGUCACGGUGACAGCGGCCAUCGGCGAGGACGCCUGCCUGCCCUGCGGCACGCAGCCCUGGGGUGACCUGCGCGGGGUCACCCUCAGCUGCACCCACCAGGCCGGCGGCCACCACGCCGUCCCCGUCCUCAGCCACCGCCUGGGCUGGCAGCCGCCACCCCCCGAGCCGGGCUGGCACCCGCCCGUGCAGCCCGACAGCCGCUUCAGGGGCAGGGUGGCCUUCUGCGCCGCGGGGACAGGGGACAGCGGCGUGGCCCUGCUGCUGAGGAACCUCAGCGAUCCCGAUUUCGGGAAUUAUUCCUGCUACGCCGCCCGCGCCGCCGCCCCGGAGCUCCUCUGCUCCCUGGUGCUGCAGCCCGCGGUGGCAGAGGUCCCCAAGGCCGCGGAGCCGGACAUGCUCAUGGUGAUUUGUGUCCUCACGGCCGCCUUCACCGCGGUGGCCAUCGGGGUGCUGGUGUGUGCCCGCUGCCAGGGCCACUGCUGGGGGCGUGCAGCGCGGGGCCCAGCCCAGGAGCCCGCAGCCGUGGCUGCAGAGGAAGAAGGAGAGGUGGCCUUGGGUGACCUCAAGAGUGCCAGCACCUGAGGCCAUCCCCAGCUGGACAGGUCCUCGUGUGACACCAGGGCAGGACACGGCCCUGACUGCCCCAAUGGGGGGGACAGGUCUGGGGUCAUGUUCUGGGUGGGGGU